AUGCAGAUCUUCGUGAAAACCCUGACGGGGAAGACCAUCACUCUCGAGGUCGAGAGCAACGACACUAUCGACAAUGUGAAGGCAAAGAUCCAGGACAAGGAAGGUGGGUAUCCAUGGCCGUUCCCGUUGUGGUUUAUUUCUUAUGGUUUGUGGCGGCUUUCUCAUCCACCAGCAUAUCAGGAAUCCCCCCGGACCAGCAGCGUUUGAUCUUCGCUGGGAAGCAGCUCGAGGAUGGCCGCACCCUUGCCGAUUACAACAUCCAGAAAGGUCCUAGCCGCUUGUAACUCAUUUACAUGGCCUCUUUGUUUCGCCAGUAGUUUCCUGCUUCUUGCUUCAUUUUAGUCUUAAUUGAUUGCUACCUACCCUUUUCAGAGUCGACCUUGCAUCUUGUGUUGAGGCUUAGGGGAGGUAUCAUCGAACCGUCUCUCAUGGCCCUUGCAAGAAAGUACAACCAGGACAAGAUGAUCUGCCGCAAGUAAGGCUUGCACCUUUUAUGUUUGUCAUGCGAGUCAGGAUAUGUACGUAUACGCUGCUUUCUUAGCGAUGAGCUAUAUUUGUGUUUAUAUGGUUUCUUAUAUUUGACUUCAUCGUAAGGAUGUUUUUUUAUUCAUAAUGCCAAAUAAUGAAACACAAUUCCAUCGGUUCUACCAAUUUUUUCAUCGAUCUCCUCGUUGAUGUUCGAGACACGAUGUAUAUCCCUGGGUUAUUGGAUUUUUUGCAAUUCCUGCGACUAUAACUUUUCUUCAGUGGUCACCGAAAUUCCUCAAAGGAAGUGUAGGCAGGCCCCUCUUUGACUUUGUCGGUCGGUCUGAUCAUCUUCAGUGGAUUUUCAAGUGGAGUGUAUUUUAGAAAUUCUCUUUUACGUUCUUGAAAAACUCGGACUGCGUCAUGUGAUUCUUUACUAUUUUUUAUUGGAUAUGCCUGCUAAGUUUUUUUUAAAGUAAUUGAGCUCAGUUGUUCUCCCUUUAUCCAUCGUUCCUUUUGUUGGUCUCUUAGUAAUUGGUGUAUCGUAAAGUACAUGAAACUAUCAGGGGAAUUCCCUGAAUGUCGAUGCUGCUUAGCCCUUCGUCAAGCAUGGUCCUUAAGAUCGCCUUCCUCUGAUAGUUUUUAAAAUCAUCAACUGUGGAAGCGUUUCGAGUCAUAACCAUGCUAUAUUGAACCCAUGGUUUCAGAAAGAGGUCUCUUCUUUCUUGAAACUUUUCCUUCAUCGCUUCCGUGGUGCAUUCAUCACUCGCACCACCAUUUAGUUCCUCUGGGUCGCUAGAUAUGUCAUCAUAUCUUGUCUUCUCGGGAGCUCUAAUGUGCAUGGGUGCCCGCAGAUGUUGCUCCCGAUAGAGAGGGAAAGAAAUCACCUCUGGUUUUCUUUUUGAAUUCGAAUGUUUUGAUAUGAACUAUGUAUCAUAUUGGGUCUGCUUGUGGUGAAUAUUCGUGUAACGUGGCUGGAAUGAGGAAUCAAUUAGAUGUAUGAAGUGGAUAUCCCUUGUGAAUUGAGUUUUUGAGGCAUAAAAAUUGUCUGACCUGCCACGCUAUAUUUGCCACCGUUAGUUUUUCUUUUUCUGGUUUUGUAAUUGGGAUAUGUGGUGGGAAAUGAUGAUUCAAUUAGAUGCGUGAAGAUAGAUUUAUCUAUUGAACUGAAUUUUUGAGGCAUACAAGUUGUCUGAUCCGCCACAACCCAACUUUUCUAAAGCUGAGCGCCCGUCUUUUUUCUAUCAAAAGACAAAAGGGUCUGAUCGUAUUUCACACGGGAAUUUCUUUCGUCUGGAUUAGUAUUUUUAUCAGAUCCAAUUUCAAGGUUAAUUACUAAUUUUUUUAUCUUUAGGUGCUAUGCUAGGCUUCACCCGAGGGCUGUGAACUGCAGGAAGAAGAAGUGUGGUCACUGCAACCAGGUAGAUUUCACCCCAUCUCCAAGAGGAAAACGUAAAGUUGAUCGUUUUUCACUCGUCAAAACCUUUUUUCACCCAACCAUUGAUUCCAAAAAAAAAUUCUAUUUCGCUUUCCAGUUGAGGCCAAAGAAGAAGAUCAAGUAA